UACCAUUUUUAUCUUUCUUCUUCAAUGUCUCCUUAACGGCUACUUCUACUUAACUGCUCAUUGUAUACAAAUAGCUCAAAGCCAAGCAAGCAGAGAGUUCUGAGGGAGAGAGAUGGAUUUCAGUUCGUUCGUGACGUCCUUGGGAACUUCCUUUGUUAUUUUCGUAAUUUUGAUGUUUCUUUUCACGUGGCUCUCCAGGAAACCAGGAAACGUCGUCGUUUAUUACCCCAAUCGGAUCUUGAAGGGUUUAGAUCCAUGGGAGGGCUCCGCCAGCCGGAACCCCUUUGCUUGGAUCCGGGAGGUUAUGGCUUCCUCCGAACAAGACGUUCUUGAAAUCUCUGGCUUGGACACUGCUGUCUACUUCGUCUUCAUGAGCACUGUGCUGGGGAUAUUUGUUUUGUCCGGCAUUAUUCUGCUACCAGUUCUUCUACCACUUGCUGCAACUGAUAACAGUAUAAGGAAGUCCACUCAUGCUUCAAGCAAUGGGACUACCACAAGCAAUGUGACUUUUAGCGAUCUUGACAAAUUAUACAUGGGAAAUGUCCAAGAGAAGAGCUCAAGGUUGUGGGGAUUCCUAUUAUCAGUCUACUGGGUUUCUUUUGUUUCCUAUUACCUGUUAUGGAGAGCAUACAAUCAUGUUUCUACUCUGAGAGCGAAUGCCUUGAUGUCCCCUGAAUUGAGACCUCAGCAAUUUGCUGUUCUUGUUAGAGACUUACCUCCUGUUCCUAAAGGUCAAUCCAUAAAGGAACAGGUUGAUUCAUAUUUUAAAGCUAUCUAUCCUGAUACAUUUUACAGAUCAAUGGUGGUCACAAACAACAAAGAGGUUAACAAAAUUUAUGAAGAACUGGAAGGUUACAAAAAGAAGCUUGCACGUACAGAAGCAAUAUAUGAAGAGUCGAAAAAAACUGGCAAGCCAGAAGGAGAAAAACCAACCACCAGAACCGGCUGCCUUGGUCUCAUUGGUAAAAAGGUUGAGGCAAUAGAAUACUAUAAGGAGAAGAUCAGUGACUUAACCCCAAAACUGGAAGCAGAACAAAAGGUCACCCUAAGGGAAAAGCAGCUAGGUGCUGCUCUAGUCUUUUUCACCAGUAGGGUGUCUGCAGCCUCUGCUGCUCAGAGUCUUCAUGCCCAAAUGGUUGACACAUGGACCGUCAUGGAUGCACCUGGAGCCGGUGAAAUCUUAUGGACUAACCUAAAAAUCAAGUUUUUUGAGAGGCAGACAAGGCAAUAUUUGAUUUACUUUAUUGUGGCUCUGACCAUUAUGUUUUACAUGAUUCCAAUUGGGCUUAUUUCUGCAUUGACAACCUUGGAUAAUCUAAAGAAAAUUCUUCCAUUUAUAAAGCCAGUUGUGAAUAUAGAAGCAAUUAAGACAGUUUUGGAAGCUUAUCUCCCCCAAAUUGCACUUAUAGUGUUCUUGGCUUUGUUACCCAAGUUUCUUUUGUUUCUUUCAAAGGCUGAGGGGAUUCCUUCUGAGAGUCAUGCAGUAAGGGCUGCAUCAGGAAAAUAUUUCUAUUUUACCGUGUUAAAUGUUUUUAUUGGUGUCACUUUGGGUGGAACACUGUUCACUACAUUCAAAAGCAUCGAGAAGGAUCCUAACUCCAUCGUCAAGAAACUAGCAAAUGGCCUUCCUGUGAAUGCAACCUUCUUUCUGACCUUUGUGGCUCUGAAGUUCUUUGUUGGGUAUGGGCUUGAGUUAUCUCGAAUAGUUCCUCUCAUAAUAUUUCAUCUGAAAAGGAAGUAUCUUUGCAAGACUGAAGCUGAGGUGAAAGAAGCUUGGCUUCCGGGAGAUCUUGGUUAUGGAACAAGAAUUCCUAGUGACUUGCUUAUCUUAACCAUUGUCCUCUGCUACUCUGUCAUAGCUCCUCUGAUUAUCCCAUUUGGUGUUUUGUACUUUGCCCUGGGAUGGCUUAUCCUUAGGAACCAGGCACUCAAAGUAUAUGUACCAUCAUAUGAGAGCUAUGGAAGAAUAUGGCCACACAUUUUUGUACGAAUUGUUGCUGCUCUGCUACUCUACCAAGUUACCAUGCUUGGUUACUUUGGGGUGAAGGAAUUCUACUAUACGCCAUUUCUAAUUCCACUUCCCAUAUUGUCAUUGCUCUUUGCCUAUGUUUGUAGCAAGAAAUUCUAUAGAUCUUUCAGCAACAUGGCUCUUGAAGUUGUCUGCCAAGAACUGAAGGAAACGCCUAACAUGGAGGAGGUGUUCCGGUUGUACAUCCCACCAAGCUUGCGCAACAACAAGCCUGAUGAAGAGCACUUUGAGGAUGCUUUAUCACAAGUUUCACGGUCAGCAUCAUUUGUCUGAAGUUAGAUUAAUUGUUUGUUGAUCGAGUCCAUGUCGAUGUCACUGAGUUUGUAAUAUAGUUUGUGUUUUUGUGACUGGUCCUCGAUGGGGGUAUGGGUAAAUUAUUAGGCAGCAUUUGGUAUUUUGUUUAAUGUUAUGCAACGAACAAGUUUGAUAUUCUGUACUGUUAAUUCUCUUGUAUAGUGUCAUUAAUUAGUGCCAAAAUUUAAUUGCGUGCCAA